AUGAGCCGCCUUCCUCCUGUCGACAAGCUCCCUCUUGCUAUCCGCAAAGAUGUCCGCGACAACUGGGAGUCAAAGAAGGAAGACAGUGAAAAGCAACUGGGAGAGAUUCUGGGCGAGAAGUGGACUAUUGACAUUGACGCCAAGGCCAUUUACCCCUAUGGCGAGGACCGCUCAUAUGCGAAGGAAUCCACUGGCGCCAUGAUUGCAGAGUACGUCGACUGCGCGAUCCGUGGCCUUCGCCGAUAUGUCGAACAGUACGGCGACGACGCAAAGAACGAGAUCAACAAGGUCGCGUCAGCUCAUUCCAUCAUCAUGGACCUCGAUGUGGACAAGAAGGUCAGCUAUUGCGGUGCCGGCAUCACGGCUGACGGCCAACUCGCUAUGCUGUGGCAGGACGGCAACCUUGCCAGUAACAUCGACCACGUCUUCAGCGAGCGCAGCCUCACCGCGGCCCUCAACGCGGUACCUUCGGAGGGCAUCUCCUUCGAGACGCGCCUCGACAUCAAGCAGUCGUACGACGACAAGAUCGCCGACGUGCGCACGCGCAUCAACACCGCCCUCAAGCGGGAGUACACGCUCGAGCCUGGCUUCGAGGCCGCGUACGCCAAGCUCAGCGGCACGCAGGCUGAAUUCAAGGAAAACCUCGGCCAGUUUGUUUUCCUGUACUUUGAGGCCCUCGCUGGCGGGCUGGUCAGUCAAAAGUUUGACUCGGACGACAUGAUGCAGGAGGCCCUCAACGAGGCGGUCGAGUCGGGCAAGAUCGCGUUUCGGGUCGUGGACAAGGCGCAGAUGAAGGAGACGUACAGCGAGGCCGUUAUCGAGGAUGGCGUGCUGUACCUUCAGACGUCGCCGGAUUACUACGGUUCCAACAUUGACCAUGUGUGGCACAAGCUGGUUGACCAGCUUUAA